AAGCCGUAUUUCAAAACACUUCUCACCUUUCAGCGAAGCACAUGUGUUUAUAAACGAGGAUUUUGUGAACUUUAGUAACAAUCAUAGUACAGCUUACAAUAUCACUAUGCCGGCAUUUCAGGAGGAGAUGGAAGAUUCCGAUUCCAGCUACGUUUCAUAUGACGAAGAUGAUGAGCUCCGAGAGGCAUUGGCAAAAGGUUUGCUCAAACCUGGCCUGAACGUGAUCUCCAAGCAGAAAGCAGAUCCGGUAAACAACACAGCGAAACUAAAGUCUGUCCUGGAAACGUUCAUACUGAAGGCACCAUGGGUUGAACGGAUGGAUUUGAUAAACGAUCUUGCUCCGCUGACACCUGAACUGGCCAUACAGAUGGAAAAGCACGAACAGAAGCGGGAAAAUCAGUUUAAAGGAAACAAGAAAAUUCCAUAUGUCGCACCAGAGGUCGAUCCGGUGCUGAAUGAUUUCAAACGAGAGAUUCUGUUCCAUCGACAGGCGCAGGCAGCCGUGAUUGAAGGAAUGAAACGGUUGCACGAUUUGGGCAUUGCAACCAAGCGUCCAGAUGAUUACUUUGCGGAAAUGGCCAAAACGGAUGAGCACAUGCAACGGAUUCGGAAGGUACUGCAGGCGAAACAAGAAGGUAUUGCCAAAUCGGAACGGAUUCGGCAGCUUCGCGAGCAGCGUCGUAUCGGAAAGUUGAUUCAGAGACAGACAACCGAGAAGCGGGACGAGGAAAGGCGCAAAAUGCUUAAUGACAUCAAGAAGUUCCGCAAGGGUAAGCUGUCCAAUCUGGACUUUUUGGAUGACGAUGGGGACGAGUCAACCGGUGGAAAGAAGAAAAAGGGCUCAAGCAGAGGAGCGCCGGGUAAGAAACAGGUUGGAGGCAAACGAAAAGCUAGGGACGCAAAGUUUGGCUUCGGAGGAAGAAAGAAGGGCUCGAAACGGAAUACGAAGGAGUCGUUCCUCAACGAUGGGCCCAAGCGGAGGGGUGGACCCGGUGGUGGCGCUAAAGGACAGAAACGCUUGGGAAAGAGCAGACGAGCACAGGGCAAAAACAGAGGCAAAUAAAUAUGAAUUGUAAUAUUUGUUUUUUCUGAUAAUAAACAAUUAUAACAGUUUAAUAUGCAAA